CGCGCGCCGCGAUUGGCGGGCGCGCCUGUGGCCGGGCGUUGUUGCUAAGCGGGGUAAAGAUGGCGGCUCUGGACAGGGUCAAGGUGCUGGUGCUGGGCGACUCCGGUGUCGGGAAAUCGUCCCUCGUUCACCUCUUGUGCCACAACCAGGUGCUGGGAAACCCGUCCUGGACUGUGGGCUGCUCCGUGGAUGUGCGAAUCCAUGACUACAAAGAAGGAACCCCAGAAGAGAAGACCUAUUACAUUGAGCUGUGGGAUGUUGGAGGUUCUGUGGGCAGUGCCACCAGUGUGAAAAGCACACGAGCUGUGUUCUAUAAUUUGCUGAAUGGGAUAAUUUUAGUGCAUGACUUGACCAACAAGAAAUCAUCCCAGAAUUUGUAUCGCUGGUCUUUGGAAGCACUCAACAGAGAUGUUGCUCCAACAGGAGUUCUUGUGACAAAUGGGAUUGUCUUUGUUUCCCUCAGCGUUGACUAUGACCGUGAACAGUUUGGUGAUAACCAGAUCCCACUGCUGGUGAUAGGAACCAAACUGGAUCAGAUCCCAGAAACUAAGAGGAAUGAAGUUUUGACCAGAACAGCAUUCUUGGCUGAGGAUUUCAAUGCUGAAGAGAUAAAUUUGGACUGCACCAAUCCUCGUUAUCUGGCUGCAGGUUCAUCCAAUGCUGUCAAACUAAGCAGGUUUUUUGAUAAGGUCAUAGAGAAGAGAUACGUCUUGAGAGAUGGCAAUCAGAUUCCUGGCUUCUCUGAAAGGAAGAGGUUUGGAGGAGGAACACUGAAGAGCCUUCAUUAUGACUGAGCGCUGGAGAAGUGGAAGACAACUUCUCUGAGUUCCUAAAGACAGUCCUGUUCCCACUGGAUGCUCAAAGACAGUAAUGCUUCUGUCAAGCACAGUAAAAUGAUAUUACAGCUGGCUAGCCUGCUGAAGCUUCUGUUGUUGGAAAAGACUUGGAAAGGUUUUUCAAAAACCUAAUCAGGAGCCUAGAGUAUUGCUUAGGAUUGCAGACCAUCUGCAUCUAUGGGAACAUCUGGGGAAACUGUGCAAUAAAUUGAAUGCCUCUCACUGCUGUGGGAAACUUCAUCAUACAUAGCACACAUAUGUGACAUCCUUGUCUCCAUUUGGAAAACUUAUGGACAGUCUUUGCAAUGAUUUGCAUUCAUUUUACUUCUAAAGGAAAGAUGACAUUGAGUGGGCCUCUCAUGUACAAUAAAGUGACCAAAAGAAGUGAGCAAAACAAUGAUGGGUAAGGAGUGGUCUGGAAAAUAAUGGAAUGCCUUCAUUAAAUGAAUGGAGUGUUGUUUCACCUAGAGCACACUGUUCAUCCCUAUCCAAAAGGGAUAAAAGCAAUAGGCAAGAUAUGAAAAAAGAUUUGAAGCCUUAAAAAGAAAAUCAUUAGUAGAAAACAACUGGUGUUAGUUCUGCUGCUUAAAUUAAAAUUGUUUACUUUGGAGAGGGCAAAGUAAAUCAGGUUCUCCUGUUUAUCUUUUCAUAAUUGAUUGUGUCUUGUUUUUUAUAUUAAAUUAAAAGGCAAUUCAUUGAAAA